CAUGGCCCUUUGCUGUCAUCAGAUGAGUUGAGAUGAGACUGUGAUGAUGAGAGAGAAACAAAACAACUACUGUCAUAUAAAAAUUUGUUUUUUUUACUUUUCUUAGAGAGAGAAACAACUUUCACACUUCACACAAAAACACAAUCAUUCAUUUUUCACUAUACAUGCUUUGUAUGUGUGUAUGUCACUGUUAGUGUUAGUAUAGCACUUAGUAUAGCUCACAAUAACAUUCUAGUUUCUGAGAAGGGUUUGUAAUUUUGUUAUUCUGUUUCUUUAUUAUUCUCUUACACCCUUUAAUUUCUUUUCAACUUUUUGACUUUCUGUUUUGUUUCCAAGGAAAAAAGGAAGCAACUUUGUUUCUGGGUCCUGUUGUUUUUUUCUGUUGUUGGUCACUCAUUGCUACUAAACUAAGGAAUAGUUCUUUGUUUAUGUUCUUGUUCUUAUUUGUGUAAAGGUGGAAAAUUUAUGGGUGAGUGAAGAGAAAAAAAGAUGGGUUUUUGUAGAAAAUGAUAAGGAUUCUAUGAAGGCUUCUUUGUGAAGAUUUUGGUUUGAAAAAUGAAAAGUUUGUGGAAUAUGCUUAUGCCUAUGCUUAUUCUUAUUCUUAUGUUUGUGCUCUUUUUGAACAACCCAUUUUUGGAUAGAGUUUAAAAAUUGAGUCUUUUUUGGAGUUAUGUUAAUAUGAGUUUGUUUCCAAGUUUUGUGGUUGUGACUUUGUUUCUUGUUUAUGGGAUUGAUUUGUGGGUGUGACUUUGUUGGUUGUGUUUUGAUGUUUAGGAAAAGACAAACCCUUUUUUCUCUUUCAAAUAGGUUGUUGGUGUUUCAGCUUCUUGUGCUGUUCUUGUUUUGUUUGCAUCAUGAUAAUAGAGUGCAAUGUCAUGGGAGAUUGAGUAAACAUGUAUCUUAUGAGUCUCGAUCGGGGUCGGGGUCGGGGUCGGAAUACAAGGAUGAUUCUAAGAAGAUUAUUGUUAGUGUAGUUUUAGGAGUGAUCACUGGAUUAAUUGGUUCGAUUCUGUUUGCGUUUGUGAUUCGUUGUGUCGUUCGGUAUCUGAAUAGAACGCCUAUCCUUAAAGGACCGGUGAUAUUCUCGCCGAAGAUUGCCUCGAAGACGCUCCAAUUAGCUUUGUCGAAAGAAAACCAUUUGCUUGGUUCGAGUGCGAAUGGGAAGUACUACAAAACUGUUCUUGAGAAUGGUCUCAUAAUUGCGGUGAAAAAGCUUACACCGUUCGAGAGCAAUUCGCAAGAGAGUAGGAGAAAAUCGGUGAAGAGGAAGAUACAGAUGGAGCUAGAGCUUCUUGCAAGCUUGAGACACAGGAAUUUGAUGAGUUUGAGGGCUUAUGUUCGCGGAAACGAUGGAUUCUCAUUGGUUUAUGAUUAUGUGUCGACCGGGAGUCUCGCGGAUGUGAUGAAUAGGGUUAGGGAAAAUGAGUUGCAGAUUGGUUGGGAAGUUAGGUUGAGGAUUGCUGUUGGUGUGGUGAAGGGUCUUCAAUAUCUUCAUUACACUUGUGUGCCUCAGAUUUUGCAUUUCAAUUUGAAGCCUACUAAUGUGAUGUUGGAUGCCGAGUUUGAACCUAGAUUGGCUGAUUAUGGUUUGGCUAAACUUCUACCAAACUUAGAUAGAGGGAAUUCUCUCAACACCCCUCCCGAAUGUUUCCUGAAUUCCAGGUACACAGAAAAAAGUGACAUAUUCAGUUUUGGGAUGAUACUAGGCGUUUUAUUAACCGGUAAGGACCCUACGGAUCCGUUCUUUGGAGAAGCGGAGAGAGGUGGAAGUUUGGGAUGUUGGCUGCGACACUUGAAGCAAGCGGGCGAGGAACGAGAAGCUCUGGAUAAGAGUAUUUUGGGGGAACAAGGUGAAGAAGAUGAGAUGCUAAUGGCUGUUGGGAUUGCUGCUGCAUGCUUAUCUGAUAUGCCUGCUGAUAGACCUUCAAGCGACGAACUUGUUCACAUGCUAACACAGCUUAAUAGUUUUUGAACCAAAUUUUUCGGUUUCUUCACAAGUUUUUCUUUGUUCUCUCUUUUCCUAUACUAAGAUGUAUAGGUGUAUUUGACUGUUUUGCAUGAUCAUAGUUUUGAUGAUUUGGUUGA